AUGAGCAAGGAAACGAUCACCAACAAAGUUGAGGCUUCGCGGGUCCACGCGAUGGCCGCUGUUCGGGACUACAAGGUGUGCCCCAGGCUAGAGUACAAGACCAUUUCGGGAGUACAAGGACCUCUAGUCAUCAUAGAAGAUGUGAAAUUCCCAAAGUAUUCAGAAAUCGUAACGAUCCACCUGAGUGAUAAUUCCACGAGACAAGGACAGAUACUGGAGGUAUGCGGGAAGAAGGCAGUAAUUCAAGUAUUCGAAGGAACAAGCGGAAUAGAUAAUAAGAAUAGCUACGUGGAGGUUAGUGGAGAUAUAUUAAAAAUGCCGAUGAGUGAUGAAAUGCUUGGUAGAGUAUUCAAUGGUAGUGGGAAGCCAAUCGAUAAGGGUCCAAAUAUUUUGGCUGAUGAUUAUUUGGAUAUAAACGGGAACCCAAUAAAUCCACAAUGUAGAGUGUACCCCAAGGAAAUGAUACAAACAGGAAUAUCAACCAUAGAUGUGAUGAAUAGCAUCGUGAGAGGACAGAAAAUCCCCCUAUUUAGUGCAGCAGGUUUACCACAUAAUGAAAUAGGUGCCCAAAUAUGUAGACAAGCAGCUCUCGUACAAGGAAAAGAUGUGUUGGACCAUUCGGAUGACAAUUUUGCUGUUGUCUUUGGUGCUAUGGGAGUGAAUAUGGAAACGGCAAGAUAUUUUAGACAAGAUUUUGAGGAAAAUGGGAAAAUGGAAAGAGUGUGUUUAUUUUUAAAUUUAGCAAAUGACCCAACCAUUGAAAGGAUCCUUACUCCAAGGAUAGCAUUAACGACAGCAGAGUAUCUCGCUUUUGAGAAAGAAAUGCACGUUUUUGUAAUACUGACAGAUAUGUCAUCCUAUGCUGAUGCACUGAGGGAGGUGUCUUCUGCUAGGGAAGAAGUACCAGGGAGGAGAGGAUACCCAGGUUAUAUGUAUAGUGACCUGUCCACAAUAUAUGAGCGAGCUGGAAGGGUUGAAGGAAGGAAUGGAAGUAUAACUCAGUUCCCAAUAUUGACUAUGCCAAAUGAUGACAUUACUCACCCUAUCCCUGAUCUCACAGGGUACAUUACAGAAGGGCAGAUCUUUGUGGACAGGAAUUUAUAUAACAGGCAGAUAUAUCCACCUAUCAAUGUAUUGCCUUCUUUGUCAAGACUUAUGAAAAGUGGAAUAGGACAGAACAUGACGCGAGUUGAUCAUCCGUAUGUUUCUGAUCAGCUGUAUAGUAAUUAUGCCAUUGCACAGGAUGUGAAGGCCAUGAAGGCAGUUAUUGGGGAGGAGGCCCUCUCCAAUGAUGAUAUAUUAUACUUGGAGUUUUUGGACAAAUUUGAGAAGAGAUUCAUCACGCAGAAUACUUACGAGUGCAGGGAUAUUUACCAAUCGCUCGAUAUCGCGUGGGAGUUGCUGCGCAUUUUUCCGGAGGACAUGCUUAAGAAGAUCAAGUCGGACAUCCUCUCCAAGUACUACCCGCGCCACCACGCCGGCUAG